CUUAUCAGACCUUUCAUUCGCCAUACGGAGAUCCUCGUUGUAGAGUCAUGUCUCUCAUUACAGCUGGACGCCUGUGCGCCCGUAUCCUCGGAGCCAAGAACUCCCCUUGUGCUCUGAUUGCUGCCCGGCAGGCUAGCUCUUCUGCGAAUCUAAAAGAUGUCCUGUCAGAUUUAAUCCCCAAAGAACAAACUAGAAUUAAGAAUUUUCGGCAGCAGUAUGGCAAGAACGUGAUAGGACAGAUCACUGUUGACAUGAUGUACGGUGGUAUGCGAGGGAUGAAGGGUUUGGUUUAUGAAACAUCUGUGCUUGACCCUGAUGAGGGUAUCCGUUUCCGAGGCUACAGCAUUCCAGAGUGUCAGAAGUUGCUCCCCAAGGCUCCAGGUGGAGAAGAGCCAUUACCUGAGGGACUCUUCUGGCUUUUGGUGACCGGGGAGGCACCUAGUCAAGAACAGGUGAACUGGAUUUCCAAGGAAUGGGCAAAGAGGGCUGCUCUUCCUUCCCAUGUUGUGACCAUGCUGGACAACUUCCCUACCAACCUGCACCCCAUGUCACAGCUCAGUGCUGCCAUCACAGCAUUGAACAGUGAGAGUAAUUUUGCUCGGGGCUAUGCUGAAGGGGUCAACAAAACCAAGUACUGGGAGUUAAUUUAUGAAGAUUCCAUGGAUCUGAUUGCCAAGCUGCCUUGUGUUGCCGCAAAGAUCUACCGCAAUCUUUACCGUGAGGGGAGUAGCAUUGGCGCCAUUGAUUCCAAUCUAGACUGGUCUCACAACUUUACUAACAUGCUGGGUUACACAGACCCACAGUUCACAGAGCUCAUGAGACUUUACCUGACUAUCCAUAGUGACCAUGAAGGAGGCAAUGUCAGUGCACAUACAAGCCACUUGGUGGGUAGUGCAUUGUCUGAUCCUUACCUUUCAUUUUCUGCGGCCAUGAACGGAUUGGCAGGACCUCUUCACGGCCUGGCUAACCAGGAAGUUCUUGUGUGGCUCACAAGCCUGCAGAAGGAUCUUGGUGGAGAGGUGUCUGAUGAGAAGCUGAGAGAUUACAUCUGGAACACGCUGAACUCUGGCAGGGUUGUCCCUGGAUAUGGUCACGCUGUGUUGAGAAAAACCGACCCGCGCUACACGUGCCAGAGAGAAUUUGCACUUAAACAUCUUCCAAAUGACCCUAUGUUCAAACUGGUGGCUCAGCUUUACAAGAUUGUUCCCAAUGUACUGUUGGAACAAGGCAAAGCCAAGAAUCCAUGGCCUAAUGUGGAUGCUCAUAGUGGGGUCCUCCUGCAGUAUUACGGCAUGAAGGAGAUGAACUACUACACAGUUCUCUUUGGCGUAUCGCGGGCACUUGGUGUUCUGGCUCAGCUUAUCUGGAGCCGAGCUCUUGGAUUCCCCCUGGAAAGACCAAAAUCAAUGAGCACAGAUGGCCUCAUGCAGCUGGUCGGAUCAAAGUCUGGCUAAUCAAAACGGGAAUCGCCAGGGCCCCUCCAUUUUGUAUAGAGGGCUCUUUAAAAAAAGACAGUACACCUUUUGUUUCAACGGACUGCUUUGCACCCCACUGUUUUCUGAAUUCCGAUGAGAAAACAUGUCUGGUUAUUUAUGCUGAAAAUCCAUCUUGCAGCUCAGUCUCAGCCCCUUUUCUUGCUGAAGAGAUCUGUAUUCAGUUCUCCAUCAGGAAAUGGGAUCUUGUGCUGCUGGUUAGAAUCAGAACUCUGGAACCCCCUCAGUCACAAUCUGUUAACUCACAGACCCCAUCAUUCUGCUUAUUUAUAAUUCAGCCACGGGCAGUCAGUGCCUCCUAAUUUUGUUACUAAUCUGCAGAAGCAGUGGCCCAUAGGUUUUCAUACACAGGCUUGUAUGGCACAGCAGCCCCCUUUAUAUGUCCCAUUGUGAAACGCAAAACCUGCUAUAGACUUGCCUGUGCUUAGCACAACACUGCGCCUGGCUUCAUAUCUUCAGGAGCAUGGGUUUCAUUCUCUUACUGGGAAAUGUGAUUAUGUUUCUGCAACCAUUUAACUGCUGUAGGUUGGCUGAAGGGCCUGCAGGGCAGGAGAAGAUUAAAGUCAGCAGUAUUGGACUUUGGAGGCCAUCAGAAUAUACUGUCAGGCAAGGGUUUGGCAUUGUAUCAUCCCCACUUGUUCUUAUCCCAUGGAUGCUCCUCAUCUAUCACUUUUUGUUUUUAACAUGUAGGUUUUUAUGUAGGUGGACAGAUAACCCUGCCUGCUGACCACAGUGAAAUUAUAAGGGAGUAGAAAUGUCCAUGAGCAAGAAUUAUUGUGGAUGGGUUGCUGCUUUUAAUGUCCCCCUACUAAAGUAAGGCUCUACUGUCGUUAUGCUUUUAUUUGCAGCUCUUUUUAUGUGUUCCAGCACUCUGGAUCCUCCUGUGCUGUACUGGGCCUUAAAAUAUUGCUAACGACCUUUUAGUGCUUUACAAACACAACUGUGAAUUCAAAGGAUUCAGUUAGAGAGAGUUUCUACUGGUUUGUUUUUUUUUUUUUUGUUUUUUUUUUUAAAGCUACCUUUACUUUAGCCCCUUCCUUGCUUGUGGCAGCAGUCUAGCAAUUCUUGCCGCAGUGAUCAGCUCCCAUCAUCCCAAGGACUACAAAAGCCUGGGAGCCUUAAGCAUUGCUACCCUAUGGGGUCUUGUUUGAUUACAGGGUUCUGCUAUCCAAAGGCCACAGUUGGACUGAAUAAAUGCUCAUUAUACAGUGUCGGUGUGCUUGUUAGUGUGCAUUUCCCACUCCUUCUGCACUAGUUCAUUAAUCCUCAGAGAUCUGCAAGUGCACUUUCCCAAGCUGCUUAAUUUGUCUUCCUCUUGUGCAGGAAUGUCAGGCUGCCAGCCCUUUUGCAAAGUCUAGUUAGUGAUAUUAGGACUCAUAAUUCCCAGCUGUUGGGGGUUACAGUUUGGCAUCUCUGCUCUACAGCAUGACUGUCCACCUAGAGACCCAAAAAGGGAUCCUGUGACCCAUUUGUUAAUACACUCCUGUCCACCUGUCAGCCUUUUCCCAUGUGGUAUUGCCUAACCUGUUCUUGUCAGUGCAGACUAAUUGGCCAUCAAAUGCUCUGCAAAUUAUGGAUUGAUAUCCCAACUUACCAACAGACUUAAGGUUGUUCUGUAUAAAUGCAAAAUAAAUGUUUUUAUUACCUA